UUCACCAGGUUUCAGCGACUUCCGCCUGAGAUACGAAACAUGAUCUGGGAGUUUGCGUUGCCUGAGCCACGGGUCUACGAGGUCUUGGAUGCACCCAACGCGAAACAACAAACACCAGCUCAGGAGGGGCUGAUGUUUGCCAACGUGCACGCCGAAGCCCCCCCCGCGCUGGCGGCCGUCUGCCGAGAGAGCCGGUCCCUGGUUCUCCACCAUUACAAGCCCCUGACGCUGGGCAAGACGACCAAGUUCGUCGACAUGUCGCGGGACAUUUUGCUCCUGGAGCCGUACCUCCUCGUCAAGCGGCUGCACCGGGUGCUGCACUUCAUGAGCCAGAUCCCACUGGUGCGAGAAAACGCGGCCCAUCUGGCGCUGGGCACCUCGUACGGCAUUUACCAGGGCAUCUUCCACCCGGUACUGAGCCGGAAAGUGUCCAAGAACAACAUGGGCAAGCUGCUGGCGAGCCUGGCCGAGUUUCCGCGGCUGAGGACGCUCAUCUUCAUCGUUCACCAAGAGUUCCAGUUCCAGUUUGACUUUCGCUUUCCGGGGACGCUGACGCCGAUGCUUCCCGGACCUACGGCUGCUGCCUCUGAUUUCGGUCUUGCGCCAGAUUCAGGAUCAGCAACAGCCGGCUACUCAUCGCCUGUUCCCAGCAACGGCGGGCCAAUUACUACAACCCAGUCGACAGCAACACCCGUGUCCGUGCUGUCGCCCACGCCUGAUGCAGCACAAAGCAGACCGCAGCAGGUCCACCAGGCCUACCGCUUCAAGUUUGACAUUGAGUCCAACAUCAACUCGCGCCCGCGCCGCCCGCACACCAAUGAGCUGCUGUAUUACCCGCUGGACGUCAGUCGCGAGGGGGACGAGUUCGACGAGUAUGAGCGGUAUGACGGGGAGGGCGGCGAGUGGUGCGAUCCAUGGCCUACCAAUGAUGACUGGAAGAGGUUCAGGAGGAGGUGGGUUAGGGGUAUG